CACACCCUACACUCUCUAAUUAAACAAGUAAAAGACCAAAUUGAACCUGUCAUUUCAAAUGACCCACCACCAAAAGCUUCAAUAUUUCCUUAUAAUUAUCAAACUUAAGUAACAAACGGACUUAUCACUCUUUCUCUAAUUAAAUACCCAUUUCAUCCUCUUCUUUUUGUUUCCUCUCCUCUUUUUCUAGACCCCACAAUAAAGAAGUUUAGCAUACAGAGAAGUGGAGAGAUGAGUAGUAAUGGAGGUGGGCCUUGCGGUGCCUGCAAAUUCUUGAGAAGGAAGUGUCUAAAAGGCUGUAUUUUUGCACCUUACUUUGAUUCAGACCAAGGAACGGCUCAUUUUGCUGCAGUGCACAAGGUUUUUGGUGCUAGUAAUGCCUCUAAGCUUCUUCUCCGAAUACCUGCCCAUAAACGUCUUGAUGCGGUUGUUACUCUUUGUUAUGAAGCCUUGGCUAGGGUUAGAGACCCUGUUUAUGGUUGUGUUGGUCAUCUCUUUGCCCUUCAACAGCAGGUGGUGAAUUUGCAGGCAGAGCUGGCCUACAUUCAGGCGCGCCUUUCAACAUUGCAGCACCUCCCUUUGCCGCAUCAAAGCCCCUCUCAAACAACUUCAACGAUGGCAUCAAAUUCUAACAUGUCGAUGAAUUAUGAUCAGCAACAAGUUUUACAAUCUCAAUAUCUAUCAACUGAAUUGGCAAGCAUCUGUAAUAAAAAUCCACUCGAUCCAGAACUCCAAGCUGAUGAUCUACAGUCUUUGGCUCGUGACUUUGUCUCUAAAUACUUGCCAGGAGUUCGAUUCAAACCUCCAUCCUCUCAUCAGAGUAAUUUCUAGAAUUCUUCAACUGUCUUUGGUACUUCUGUUAGUGCAUCUUCUACUUCAUCGUAAGUGCAAUUAAAUGGUACUCAUUUUUUUCGUUUCCCUUUAUCAAAGACUAAUGUUAGUUUGUUUGUGCUAAAUUUUGAAUGCGAAAUCUGAAUUAACAGUCUA